AUGAGAGAGUGCGAUACUAAUAGCAUUUUUCUUGCAUUUCGGGUCUUGUUGGAUGGGGUGGAUGAGGAGUUGGCUGAAGGCACUGGGGAUAAGGGGUUUGCUGAUUUUGUUGUUGAUGGGGUGCCCCGGGUUGAGGAUGUGGCUAUUCAACUAAGGGCAAUUGGUAUUGCUGAUUUGGAGUUCCUGAGAUGGAACGGCUUUGCCAGUUGCAGCUCAGCUUGCACUAUAUCUUGCUUGUCCUUGAUGGUCUGCACCCCUGAUUGCACCUAUGCUAAGUCACUUCCAUUUGGUGUCUCUUCACAUCUCAUUCACAGGUUAGCUUCCGCAGAUUUUCUUGAAUUUGGACAGGAGUAUGCUGAGUAUGGUGUGAUGGAAGAGUUAGAAGAGCUUAAGAACACUAUUGAAUCCAUCAAUGGUAAGCUCCUUGAUGCCGACGAUAAACAAGAUCAAGACGAUGGUGUGCGAGUUUGGAUCAGAAGGUUCAAAAAAGUACUCCAUGCUGCAGAUGACUUCUUAGAUGACCUUGCUAUCGAAUUUAGGAGAGACAAAAUGGGUGCAGCCGACGGAAAAGAAGUAAACAGGGUACUUCGUUCCAUUUCAUCUUCAAAUCAACUUCCUUUAUACAGUGAAAUGCGUGACAAAAUUAAAGUAACACGAGAAAGUUUUAACGAUGUAGUGAAAGAAAUGAAGGAUUUGAAUUUAAUCUCAAGUUCUAUGCUGGUUAAGCAAAGUGAAUGCAGGGAAACAGAUUCUUUUGUGGUAGAAUCUGAUAUCAUUGGAAGAGAUGAUAGUAAAGAGGAGAUUAUUAGCCUGUUGAGACAACCACAUGAAAAGCAAACAGUUUCUGUGAUUGCCAUUGUUGGCCUUGGUGGUUUGGGUAAGACAGCUCUUGCUCAAUUGGUGUAUAAUGAAUUGAAAAAGCAGAAUUCUUUUGAAAUGCAAAUGUGGGUGUGUGUCUCUGAUAACUUUGAUGUUAAAACUAUUCUGAAGAAAAUAAUAGAAUCAAUUACUCGUUGCCAAAUAGCAGUCGGGUUAUCGUUAGACUACUUGCAAGAAGAGCUUCGUCAAAAUUUAAGUGGUAAGAAAUAUUUGUUGGUGCUGGAUGACAUUUGGAAUGAUAGCUAUAAAAAAUGGGCUGAAUUGAGAAAGUACCUGAUGUGUGGCGCUCAAGAUAGUAAGAUUUUAGUGACAACUCGAAGUGAAAAUGUAGCAAAGGCAAUGACUGCUAGCACUUCCUAUCCUUUGAAAGGUUUGACUGAUGAAGAAUCUUGGACUUUGUUGAAAAACAUUGGAUUUGAGGAUGAUUCCAAAGGAGUGAAUCAAAAUCUAGAAUCAAUGGGAAAAGAAAUUGCCAAAAAAUGUAAAGGGGUUCCACUGGCAGUUAAAACCCUGGGAGGCCUGUUACGAAGACAAAAGGAAGAAAGUGAAUGGGAGGAGGUUUUACGUGGUAGUUUCUGGACAUUAUGCGAAGAGCAAGAUAGUAUCAUGCCAAUUCUAAAACUCAGUUACCGCAACUUGUCGCCAGAAAUGAGACAAUGUUUUGCUUAUUGCUCUUUAUAUCCCAAGGAUUCAGAAAUUCGGAAGGAUGAGUUGAUUCAGUUAUGGAUGGCACAGGGUUACCUUAAAUGUUCAACCGAAAAACAGCACAUGGAGGAUGUCGGCGUUCAAUUUGUAAAGAUGUUUUUGAUGAACUCAUUUUUUCAGGAUGCAGAGAGUGGUGAAUACGGUGAGAUCAUUAGUUUCAAAAUGCACGAUUUAAUGCAUGAUCUAGCAAUCCUAGUAGCUGGCAAUGAUUAUUGUUACUUGGACAGUAAGGCAGAAAAAGUUGAAGGUAGACCCAUGCACGUGUCAUUGGAAUCUGAUGUGAACAUUAAUGUGUUGAAAUCGUUAGAUCCGAGCAGGCUGCGAACUUUGAUUUUCCUACCGUAUCACUUCGAAGAAGAGGAAUAUUUGUCGGUUAUUGCAAAAUUCAAGUACUUGCGUGUCUUGAGGACUCAUUGUCUCUCUGAUUCCACUGAAAAUUUGAAGCAUUUAAGAUACCUUGUUUUAACAGAAAAUACAAGUCUUCCCAAAUCUAUGAGCAAUCUUGUUUUCCUACAAACAUUAAAAUUGAAAGAUUGUGAUGAAGAAUCAUUUUCAGAAGUAGUCACAAAGUUAGUCAACUUGAGGUGCCUUGAUAUUGCUUAUUAUGACACCGUGUGUGGGAUGGCAGGGUUCGGAAAAUUAUCCUCAUUGCAACUCUUAUCGACCUUUGGUGUGGGAGACAGCCAAGAAAUAAAACAUGGCACACUAAAUGAACUGAAGGGCUUAAACCUCAGAGGCCGAUUAGAAAUUCAGCAUCUCAAUUGUGUCAGAGAAGUGGCUCUGGAAUCUCAGGACAUAAAUUUAAAAGAAAAAAAAUUCCUUCGAUCCUUAACUCUGGAUUGGUGGAAUGGAGACCUCCGUAACAGUGACAGCUUGCAAUUAUUGGAAAACCUUCAACCCCACCGUAAUCUUAAGCGAUUGGAGGUAAAUCAUUAUCCAGGCGUGCUUUUCGCAAAUUGGCUUUCUCUCCUCACAAAUGUUGUUCACAUCACUCUCUCUGCUUUUGAUAAUUGUCGCUGUCUCCCUCCGUUGGAACGUCUCCAGUCCCUGAAGUCACUUAACAUACAGUUUCUUCGUGAAUUGGAGUGCAUAUAUCUCUACGAAGAUGGUUUUGCAGCAACCUUCUUCCCCUCUUUGGAGAGCCUCACGUUAUAUCAUUGUCCCGAGCUCAGGGGAUGGCGGAGGCAGGGAGAUGACAUCAAAGAUUCACAUAAUCUCUCCUUACCUCUUUCAUUUCCUCAUCUUUCUCAUCUAUAUGUCUUUCGGUGUCCAAAGUUGACUUGCAUGCCUACUUUUCCAAAUGUCAAGGAUAUAGACUGGUUUCAUAGCAGUGCGGAGGCAUUAAUAGGAACACUAAACACAAUAGCGUCAACAUGUUCAGCUGACUCAUCUUCCUCCGCUGCUCCUCUUUCCAUGCUCAAACAAUUGAGCAUUUCUGAUCCUAUGAGUUUAACAAAGGGUUGGAUGCAAAAUCUGACUUCUCUCGAGUCUCUUCAAAUUCAAUGGUGUGACAGUGAAACACUUGGGGAAUUUGAAACUGGGUUUAAGGACGACACCAACUGCCUUCCUUCUCUGCGACGAUUUUCAUUAUAUUAUUGUCAAUGGCUAGAGGCUUUGCCAGAUUGGAUUUGCAACCUCCCAUCGCUUGAGGAGAUCUCAAUCUCAUUGUGCCCAAAAUUGGCAUCGCUGCCCGAAGGAAUGAGUCGUCUUAACAACUUAAAGAUCUUUUUAUGUUGA